CCAUUACUAAUUGAAAUACAUGCGAGUUAGAGAAGGGGAGAGAGAGAGAGAGAGAGACAAACGAGAGAUCGAUCUCCGUUGCUCGCCAUUGUGACGCGGAGAGAGAAGCUAGCUAUCAGCGAAGAACCCUAGGCACAGACUGCUAUAUCAUCAUCAUCUGUUUUCUUACAGGACCUCGAAUUUAUUUUCCGAAUAUUCAAAUUUCAGAGUACCUGAUGCGAUGAAGCUUUCCAAAGUACUGAUCUUUAUUAGGAAAUUUGAGCAUAAUUUGAGGGCUUAGGGUUUUACUGGUUUUAGGUACACUGACUCUUCUUGGAGACAAUCGAAUCGAAGAAUUAAACACAGCUUUUUGUAGGCUAUGGAAGUUGCCUCUUUUUAAGAUUUUUUAGGGUAAACCAAUUCAGAUAUAGGGAUGUCUGGGAAUCUCAACAACCAGCCCAAGAAUGUUAGGGUUUCGUCCCCUUUUGGAAAUGUCGAUCCACCUGCAAAUCAAAAUUCCAAUCUUCAAUCAAAAUCCCAAGUUCAACAACAAUUUGGUUCUGGUUUUCCUGGUCAAUUUCAUCUGUCCCAGUUAUCGGCUGCUCAAGCCCAGGCACUUGCCCAAGCACAUUCGAAGGCCCAAGCUCAAGCACAUGCCCAUUUACAAGCUCAGUUACAUGCUCAAGGGCUGUCCAUGAAUCAGCACCACACUGCCGGUAUUGGGAAUGUGGGUUCUUCACCAUCAUCAUCAUUUAACACACCAGGCAAUCCAAGUGCGAAACGCCCAGCUCAGAAGCCACCAGUGCGGCCUCCUAGCUUCUUGGCUACCAACACAUUCUCACCUUUGAGAAGUAUGGAGCCUGCAUCGGCUGCUGCUGCUCGUAGAAAGAAGCAGAAGCUUCCAGAGAAGCAGUUACAGGAGAGAAUGGCGGCAAUUCUGCCUGAAUCUGCUAUUUACACUCGGCUCCUUGAGUUUGAGUCUGGUGUAGAUGCUGCUUUAGCAAGAAAGAAGAUUGAUAUUCAGGACGCCAUUAAAAACCCUCCCUCGAUUCAGAAAACUCUUCGAAUCUAUGUAUUCAACACUCAUGCCAAUCAGGUUGGGGGAAUCCUCAAGAACCCAAAUGCUGAGCCACCAACUUGGACCCUCAAGAUAGUUGGAAGGAUCUUGGAAGAUGGAAUGGAUCCUGAUCAAGCUGGGAUGCUGCAGAGAUCGAGUUCCUUGUACCCAAAGUUUUCAUCUUUCUUCAAAAGAGUUGCCAUUUCCUUGGACCAGAGAUUAUAUCCGGAAAGCCAUAGAAUUAUGUGGGAUAGUGCUCGAUCACAGACACCUCAAGAGGGCUUUGAAGUAAAACGGAAAGGGGAUAAAGAAUUUACAGCAAACAUAGGGUUAGAAAUGAAUUAUAUGCCUGAGAGAUUUAAGCUUUCACAAGCAUUGAUGGAAGUUCUUGGUAUUGAAGUUGAUACUCGCCCUAGAAUCAUAGCUGCCAUCUGGCAUUAUGUAAAGGCUAGAAAAUUGCACAACCCAAACGACCCAUCUUAUUUUCAUUGUGAUCCACCACUCCAAAAAGUAUUUGGGGAAGAAAGGAUGAAAUUCACUAUGGUUUCACAGAAGAUAUCGCAUCAUUUGUCUCCUCCGCAGCCUAUAUAUUUGGAGCAUGAGAUCAAGCUUUCAGGGAAUAGUCCAGCGGGAAAUGCAUGCUAUGAUGUAUUGGUGGAUAUUCCCUUUCCAAUUCAGAAGGAAUUGAAUAAUUUGUUAGCCAACUCGGAGAAAACCAAAGAGAUUGAUUCCUGCGAUGAAGCUAUUUGUACUGUUAUAAGGAAGAUCCAAGAGCACCGUAGGAGACGAUCCUUCUUUCUUGGGUUCAGCCAAUCACCAGUGGAAUUCAUAAAUGCUUUGGUUGAAUCUCAAAGUCGGGAUCUGAAGCUUGUAGCAGGGGAAGCAAGUCGUAGUGCCGAAAAAAGUUCAGAUUUCUUCAAUCAACCGUGGGUUGAAGAUGCUGUUAUUCAUUAUCUGAAUCACAAGCCAGUUACAGAUGGUCCUGGAGGCACAUGAAUUAGGGAUCAUGGAACUGUUGAUGGGCACUUCCUCCGAGCUCACUCACAUUAGUCAAUUUUUUUGACAUCCCUUUUGGAAGCACUUUGCGUAUACACUGACCUUUCCAUUGUCAAGUGGGGAGGAAAGUUGCUUAUUUACAAGAAGAAAAUGUGCUCUGUAGACCGUUCAAGCAUUUCUUUGUUGUUUUUCAGGUUCACAGAACUGUGAUUUUGCUAAUUUGAACAAACAGGGUAUCAUAGGCUGAUUGAUCUUUUUGCACAAUGCCCAGUUUUAUGCUUACAAGUUAUUGUUUUUGUAAAUAAAACCUUCCAAGUCUUGUUGAUUCAUUUUUGUGAAUUGAUCUUCAAGUCUUGUUUUUGUAAACUAAACCUUCUACGUU